UUUAUUCACACCACAACAACUUUUAGGCAUUUACAUUUCAAGUUGAAAUUUUGAACUUUUAUAGGAUCUAAAUUUACUUAGAAACUGAUUUAUUAAGCUCACGUGAACUAAUUAGAAAUUAGUACAAUUAGUACUCCUCACGUGCGAAGUUUGACACAAUUUUCUAUAAGGAUGAGGUUCGAAAUACUAAACUAACCAGUCAGCUCGAAUUAUUGCACCGCCAACUUACACAGACUUAUCGCAUUGCCCAACAUUUUAUGGACAAUGGAUUCGGUAACUUAUCAAUUAAAAUGAGUAUAAUGGGAGACGGACAAAGACGAAGAAUUGAAAGUAGAGCUGUCCUCAUUUCUUGAUCACGUCUCAAUCUUCUCGGCAGAUCUGGAAGAUGCAAGAACUAAGGUGGACAAAGUCCCUAGACUGGUAAACGACUACAACAUCACGUGAAAAUUGCGGAGUUGAAAAUGUAGUUGUCAAAAUGGAGUUGGGUGACCACCCUCAAUUUGAAAUUGAGGACCUUGAACUAUUUCCGGAAGAAUGGAAAGCCACAACUGCCAGUGUCCCUCGACAAGCUGCUGCAAAAUUGGAUGGAAAAACAACCGGAAAUUCUAACAAUGAAGACGACAAUAGUGAGAAUGAGUCAGAUGAAGUGGGCUCUGAUUUUGUACAUUCUGAAGAAUCACAUCAAUCUGCUGAGCUUAACGACAGAGUGGGUAGCCAAGGCAGCGACGAACUCGGCGAAUUAAUCCAACUGGCCGGAGAGGAGACAAAAUUAACCAAGAUCUGCUCCAUUUGUCAGAAGGAAUUUUAUACUACGAGUGGGCUAGCAAAUCACAUGUCGCGACAUGACAAACAUGUUAAGAGUGUGAGAGAACUAAAUCGUAGGAGACGAAAGCGAGGAUUGGAAUAUGUCGGAUUUUCAAAAGUUGAAGCUUCUUCAACCGGAGGAACAAAGCCUAUUCAAGUUCAAAGGACACAUAAAUCUGGUCGAAGUCUCGGUCCAGCUUGUACUUCGGUUGCCUGUGCGAAGAGUAAAAUUCGCAAAUGUAUUCACUUUAGUGAUGAAGUUAGGCAAGAGUUGUUUGACAACUUUUGGAUAAAUAUAGAUUGGGGAGCAAAGAAAUCGUAUGUCAGGGGCUUUGGUAUUGUCGGGGUUGCGUCUCGAUGUACUCAGCUACCAUCUAGGAGAAAUGACACCUUAGUGUAUCAUUUGCCGAUACGGGCCGGGUUACGAGUGAAAGUUUGUAAAGCCAUGUUCUUGGCCACGCUUGGAAUUGGAAGACACCAAGUAAUUACCUGGACGAAAAAAGUUAAUAAAAUUUGUGACACGAGUCAAGUAAAUAUCCAAGCAGAAGCAGUACUUUUGGAGAAAUAGCUCAUAACUUUAUUAAAUUUGUUGCAUAUUUAUAGUGCCUGUAAGUAUGUAUUGUAUUUCAUGUGUUGCACUAACUAUAAGGAUAAAUUUCAACAACUCUUUUAUGUAAACCGGAACAAAUAUAAGCAAGAAACAUUUGCAAUGUAUGUUGCUCUGACAUAUGUA